AUGUUAUUUCCAAAUAGAACCAAUGUCCACCCAGCUACUUUCCUCCUCCUUGGAAUCCCAGGGCUGGAGGCUGCUCAUGUCUGGAUCUCCAUCCCUUUUUGCCUGGUUUAUCUACUGGCUGUGAUGGGGAAUUGUGUCCUUGUAUUCAUCAUCAAGACACACCCCAGUCUUCAUGAACCCAUGUAUCUCUUCCUCUGCAUGCUCUCUGUGAAUGACCUGAUGCUUUGCACCACGGUGGUUCCCAAGAUUCUCAGUCUCUUCUGGUUCGAUGACAGAGAAAUCAACUUUAAAGCUUGCCUCAUCCAGAUAUUUUUCAUCCACUCUUUGUCCACCAUGGAGUCGGGAUUCCUGUUGGCUAUGGCCUUUGACCGGUAUGUGGCCAUCUGCAACCCUCUGAGGCAUUCCACCAUCCUGACACAUGGAGUGAUCAUGGCUUUGAGUCUGGCCAUUGUCCUACGUGGCGUUAUCCUGCUGACUCCACAUCCUUUCUUACUGAUGAGGCUUCCCUAUUGCAAAACCAACAUUAUUGCCCACACCUACUGUGAAUUUAUGGCCCUGAUCAAACUGGCCUGUGCUAAUACCAGGGUCCACAGAUUAUAUGGCUUAAUUCUUGCCUUCCUUACUGGUGGGCUGGACUUCAUAAUGAUAAUCUGCUCUUACAUUCUCAUUUUUCAUGCUGUGUUUCGUCUCCCAUCAAAGGAGGCCAGACUCAAGACCUUGAGCACAUGUGGCUCACAUGUUUGGGUCAUCUUAGUGUUUUAUACACCUGCCUUUUUCUCCUUUAUCACCCACAGGUUUGGUCAUAACGUAGCUCCACACAUCCACAUCUUUAUAGCCAACAUUUAUCUUCUGAUUCCUCCUAUGAUGAACCCUAUCAUCUAUGGUGUUAAAACCAAAAUUAUCCGGCAAAGUAUUCUUAAAGUACUCACAAAUAUGUAUGUUUGA